UUCACGGAGCGUUUAGGCGCGUCUCUAUUUGUAUUUGAGCGGUGGCACGGGAUGAGGCAGCGCUCUGUUUUUACGCUCAACGCAUUUGGAUACAUACAGCUGCUACACGGACACGUUGGUGAGGACAGAGACCGAGAGUUGUGGAAACGACGGAGUCAAAAGUUAUUCAAUCAGUUCAAUGAAUUAUCAUCUCUAAAAGAGCUUAUCACUAGAAGUGGCGUUAACGUCACUCUCUCCCGCCUAUCAAGCGCCUAGUAUGCGAUAUCUGAAAUGAAGCACGGCGUCCGCUUGUCCUGAUAUGCCUCUCAUACGCGAAGAUGACACAGGACGAGAGAGCAUCUCAAGAAUUGACACGGAAGCCGACUUUCUCCCCACGUCAUCAUUGUUUCAAGAUAACCUUUCCGGAGAGGAAAUCAUCAUAUAACAAAGUCAAUGGUUUUUGACUGAAGAGAGAUGUAGAUAGAAACUAGAUGCUUUUCAGGGAAGUAGAAAGAUAGAAAGUCACCGGGGUGAAAUAUGGAGCGUGGAUUAUUCAACCACCUGUUCUCAACUAGGACCACUACGUUCUGUUGUUUCUUCUUAUGUGAGUCAAUUUUCUGUCUUGAGAAGGCCCAUUCACACGCGGAGGACGAGCUGUUUAAGAAGCUCUUCAUCGGGUACAACAAGUGGUCCAGACCCGUACCCAACAUCUCAGAUGUCGUAAUCGUCAAGUUCGGACUCUCCAUAGCACAGCUUAUCGAUGUGGACGAGAAGAAUCAGAUGAUGACCACCAACGUCUGGCUGAAACAGGAGUGGAAUGACUACAAGCUACGCUGGAGACCGUCUGACUACGACAACGUCACGUCCAUCAGAGUCCCGUCAGAACUCAUCUGGGUCCCAGACAUCGUCCUCUACAACAAUGCGGACGGUGAGUUCGCCGUAACCCACAUGACCAAGGCCCACCUGUUCUACAAUGGGAAGGUGCGCUGGGUUCCCCCGGCCAUCUAUAAGUCCUCCUGUUCUAUAGACGUCACUUUCUUCCCCUUCGACCAGCAGAACUGUAAAAUGAAGUUCGGUUCUUGGACUUACGACAAGGCUAAGAUUGACCUGGAACGCAUCGAGAACACUGUGGACCUGAACAACUACUGGGAGAGUGGAGAGUGGGCCAUCAUCGACGCAGUGGGAACAUACAACACCAAGAAGUACGACUGCUGUCAUGAGAUCUACCCUGAUAUCACCUACUUCUUCAUCAUCAGACGGCUGCCUCUCUUCUACACCAUCAACUUGAUCAUCCCCUGUCUGCUCAUCUCCUGCCUCACCGUCCUGGUCUUCUAUCUCCCCUCAGACUGUGGGGAGAAGAUCACUCUGUGUAUCUCCGUCCUCCUCUCCCUCACCGUCUUCCUGCUCCUCAUCACAGAGAUCAUCCCUUCCACCUCCCUGGUCAUCCCUCUGAUUGGAGAGUACCUCCUCUUCACCAUGAUCUUCGUCACUCUCUCCAUCGUCAUUACCGUGUUUGUCCUCAACGUCCACCACCGCUCCCCYGGGACCCAUAAGAUGCCUCGCUGGGUCCACUCUGUCUUCCUGGACCUGAUCCCCAGGUGGCUGUUCAUGAGGCGGCCUGCACCGGAUGGAAGGAGACGCAGGUUGUUGUUGCUCCAGCAGGGGGCAGCGGUGGCACGGCACCAGGGACGGACCACCACCACUAGACUACCAGGCCUAGUCCGUCCUCCCUGCCUCAGCACCUCAGCCAGCUGGCUUCGGGACGGAGGAGGUGGGACCACGGAGGAUCUCCAGAGACGGACGCCCUGUUAUGAGGACCUGGAGCUGGGGACUUUGACCUCGUACUUCUCCUUCCGCCCUCCGUCACCCAGACCCCCGGGCUCCACUCCUCCACCCCAGCAGAACCACCCACCCCCAGGGGCAGGGCAGCCCCAGAACCGCCUGGACAGGGGAGGAGGAGGAGGAGGAGGAAGAGGGGUGAAUAGAAGGAUUAACCCCACCCAGCGACCGGAUAAGAUAGAUAACUUGGUGUCAGAGUCUAGAGGGAUAGACUUCCCUCUGUCUCCCAGCGUUAUACGGGCUCUGGAGGGGCUGCACUACAUCGCAGACCACCUGAGGGCAGAGGACGCUGACUUUAGUGUGAAGGAAGACUGGAAGUACGUUGCCAUGGUGAUCGACCGUAUCUUCCUGUGGAUGUUUAUCAUCGUGUGUCUCCUGGGUACCAUCGGUCUCUUCCUUCCUCCCUGGUUGGCCGGCAUGAUCUAGGACCUUGGGGUGUCUGUGAUACCCGCCCCGGAGCGGGCACCAUGGGACUGGGGUGUC